AUGGCAGGAGUUUCUUACACUGCUGAUGAAGACAAUUUAAUAUUAAAAUUAAUCAUCGAUACAAAAGCUUACUAUGUAUUAAGGGAUAAAGAAUACUGGGUAGAUUUGGCUACCCUAGGUUUAUUCGACAAAUCCAGAACCUGGAUGAGUAUCCAAGAUCGUUUUAACAAAAACAUUUUACCAAAUAUUAUGAAUGAAAUGUAUACAAUACCAGAAGAAGAUAAACAUAGGAUAUUGUUGGCAUGGGAGCAGACUGCCGAGAAUUUUCAUGAUAGUGAUGGUGAUGAGGACUAUGAUACCGAUGAUACCGAUAGUGAUUAA